AUGGAAUCAACUAAAUCUAAUUUGGCAUCUGAAAUAAUUGAUCAUAAAGAAAUUUUGUUUUAAGUCUUACUGCAUCUUGAAAAGGUUAACGACUUAAGAUAAAUGUCUUCAAGAGUAAGAGAAUUAAUUGCUGAAUACAGGAUAUUCUAAAAGAAAACCCUUACCAAGGAAACUGAGACAUUGGUUAGUGGACUUGAGACAUUCUUGCUAAUGAAAGAGCUUAUACUCAAUACAAAAAUAAGUAAAAAGAAUCUGUAAGAAGCUCUGAAAGAUCACCCAUAAGAAGUCAAGAGUUCAAUCAACCAUUUAAAGAAAUGCUUAGUGGUAAAAAAUGACUAGACCUUUAUCUAAACAAGCAUAUUUGAUAUACCUAACUAAUUCUGGCUGAGUGGUCUUGACUCGUUCUACUUUAAGGAUUCGCCUUAUAAGCAAGUGUCAUUCAAGGAGUUCGGAAAGAACCGUGACAACUACGAAUAUAUAAAAGAAUUCAACAAAUUGAAUUCCUAUGCACCUCAUUACUGCCUUUACAACUCUACGACAGGAGAUUAUAUCUAAAUAAAUAAGGGUUUCAUUGAUGGCAUAGCAGAUACUGAUGGAAAUGAUAUGAAUGGUCAGCAUGCUGACAAGAAUAAAUAUCAUUUCCUCGCUGAUAGUCAACAAUUCUCUGCUGUUGAUAUAGAUUUUAGCGACCCAGCUGCACUCCUUAGAAGACAGAAGGGCAUUUUAGAAGCAAUUAACAAGCAUAUGAAUACUGAAACAUUUGAGCCAUUAAAAUUGCUUUCAAGGGGUAUCAAUACAUAUAUCGUUUUGCUUUGUCAUGGUGGAAAAUUUGCUUUGAAUGUGUAUCAAGGUACCAAAAUUAUAUUUUCCAGAACUGACAAGAAAUAUGUCUCCAGAGGAAAGCAAGGUGGUAGAUAAAUGAAUAAAGAUAAGGUUGCUAAUGUCAUGUCUAGUGUAGGAUCUGAAAUGCGAAGGAACAAUGAAAAGAUACUUUAAGAGCAUAUCCUAGAGUAUAUGGAAGAGGCUAAGCAAUACAUUGAAGAGGCUGAUGUGAUAUUCUUGCAUGCACCUGGUCUAAAUAAAAUGAUAUUCUUAAGCGAAAGCUAGUCACUCUAGAAGGUAGCACAUAAAGUUAGGAAUAUAGAAUUCAGGAGUAAAAAUGCUAACUUCAGCGAGGCUCAAGAACUUGUGAAGAAAAUCACAGAGUGCAAAGUCUUUCUAAAAGCUGAGAUUAAUUCAUCUUCUAAUUGA